CCGCGCCUUUCCGACCACACCCUCCUUUCUCUCUAUAUUUCUUCGCCCAUUUCUCUCUCUCUCUCUCUCCAAAUCUAAAUCUAACAAACUCUAAAUGCAAGGCCGCCAUCCCCACCCCUCCGCCGGCGCCGGCGCCGGCGGCUCCUCCAUUUCGGACGACUCUCAUCAUCCACCCAACCGAGGCAAAAAGAGGGGUGGCUACAACUGUGGUCGUUGUGGUCUCCCUAAGAAAGGCCACAUCUGUCAUGCUCCGCCCACCACCACCACCACUGAUUCCAACUCCCCUGCCGCCGCCCCCUCUCCUAUCUCCGCUGUCCGCCCCCCGUACUCCCACCUCUGCCGCGCACUCUCCUUCGACAACAUUGACGUCCAGGUCUUGCCGGACUCUGACGAUGAAAAUGAGAACAAUGCAUCGGAGUUGGAACAAGUAAUGGGAUCCGGUAAGUUGCCGGUGAGUUGUCUUUGGGAAGUGCUGAGGAGGUUGCCUCCGCCGGAGCUGUUGUCGGCGGCGAAGGUGUGUAAGGGGUGGAGGGACACGGCGAGGAAGCUUUGGAGAGCGGCGGAGGAACUCCGGCUUAGGGUUCCGGCGAAGGCUCAGGUUGGAUUUGCCGGAUCGGUGUUGCAGAAGUGUCCUGGUCUUGUUAGACUCUCUCUUAGAAUGGAAAGUGAUGUGGAUGCAACGAUGCUGGCCUGCAUUGCAUUCUCUUGCCCUAAUCUGGAGUCUAUGGAGAUCUUUACAUCGAGUACCUCAUUCAAUCGGAUAACUGGUGAUGAAUUGGGUCGUUUUGUUGCUGAUAAAAGAUGUCUUACAAGCCUAAAGAUGGAAGGUUGUUCUAACCUUGGUGGUUUUAUUCUUUGUUCAUCAAGUCUUUUGACGCUUUGGCUUUCAGAUCUUCACUCUCUCACUAAGAUGGUUUUCAACUGCCCCAAUUUGAAGGAGAUUUCCCUAGACUUUUCUUGCCAAGAAAAUGAUAAUACUGAUCUUACUAACAUGGUGGAUGGUUUGGGAAGGAACUGCCCAAGGCUACAAAACAUACACAUUGCAUCGAUUCGACUUUCUCAUGCUGUUGUGCUUGCUCUCACAGCUGCAAAUUUGAGAGGAUUGCAAAUGGUUUCACUGGUGCUUGGAUCAGAAAUCACUGAUGCAUCUGUUGCAGCAAUUGCUUCAAGCUACUCAAACCUAGAAUUGCUUGAUCUAAGUGGGUCUAGCAUCAGUGACAGUGGCAUUGGUAUGAUCUGCAAUGUGUUCCCUGAAACACUAUCAAGACUACUUCUUGCUCUCUGUCCUAACAUUACUUCAAGUGGAAUCCAAUUUGCUGCAGCUCAACUGCCUCUUCUUGAAAUCAUGGACUGUGGAAUGACCAUAUGUGACCCCAAUUUCCAGAUUCCAAACUUCGAAGAAAGCUGUGACCAUGAGUUGCAGAAAACUCCCAACAGCAAACUACACCUUAUUUACCAGAAGUUAAUUAUCAAACAUGGCAAGCUGAAAAAACUUAGCUUGUGGGGUUGUUCUGGCUUAGAUGCUUUAUAUUUGAACUGCCCAGAGCUCAAUGAUCUGAAUCUAAAUUCUUGUCGAAACUUGCAUCCUGAGAGAUUGCUCCUUCAGUGCCCAAAUUUGGAAAGUGUGCAUGCAUUUGGUUGCCAAGAUAUGUUGGUUGAAACCAUUCAAAACCAGGUCUCUAGUGAAUCUGCUGCUGUGGAAAACCAUUUUCCUUAUAGACGAUUAGGUGAUGGAUCCAAGAGGGUUCGAGUCCCACUUUUUCUCGGCCAACAGGAAUCUGACGAUGGCAAAAGGGGAAGGAGGGUAUUUAAAAGACAGUGCACUGUGAUCAUGGAUUAAUGGAAGAUGUGUCCUUCGAUGUUAUUUUUGACUUGGCAGUAAUUUCGUGUUGCCAUGUUAGAUCCAAAGGGCAUGUAUUAAGGGUCAAAAUUGUUUCUGUAAUUGUUCAAAAUUGUGGUUGUAGACUUAUUGACCGUAGAUAAUGCCUUUUCCUUCAUCACAACUACAGCCCUUUAUAAUUUUAUUUUUUAUUUUUUAUUUUUAUAAUCAUGGGGGUGAAAAAAAUCCGAUGAUCAACUUUAUUUUUUGUGUUAAAUUCACCAGUCAUAAAAUAAAGAUACUUUUUCACCUUUUCAA